UCCUGCAGGGGGAAAAAAGCAUCAAACAGCUUUACACGUUUGCGUCCAUACAGGCGGUUAUUUCUAAUUUCUGAAGGCUUUUAUUUUUAAUUUUUAAUACACGAACAUCCAGCAGCAUGGUCGCAGUCUAAUGUCUGUGAACGCGCGUACGAUCAUUUAUGAUUUAUCGAUAUGAUAUGAAUGUCAAUCGGUCAAGGUCCGCGCUCCCAAUGCAACAACCGCGGCUGGAUUUACCGUCUACAGCUGGGAAACAUCUGCAGCAAGCGUUUGGAUGAAUUUCUAAUAUUUUGUUUUUGAUUUUUAUUUUUUAUAUUGGCUGGUGACAGGAUUGAGAUUGUCGGUGUUGGAGCAGCGUGGCACUGUGGGAAUGACAUGCUGCAGUACAGACGGGAAACUGGGAAUAAUAAUGGAUUAGAAAACACUGAUGAUGUGACUGCGACACUUUAAUAAGAAAAUGCUUUACAAUCAUCGCAUUGUGCAGAAAUCUUUAUCAUUCCUGAUUUAACAGCUGACAUUAACCCAAAGAAGGACUGAGGAGGACGGAUCUGAGGAGAGGACACCAUGUCGGCGGUGAUGAUUACACGAAAGGUGCGAAAAUGGGAGAAGCUGCCGGGGAAAAACACGUUUUGCUGCGACGGACGGGUGAUGAUGGCCCGGCAGAAGGGAGUCUUCUACCUGACCCUGUUCCUCAUCGUCGGGACCUGCUCUCUCUUCUUCGCCUUCGAAUGCCCUUACCUGGCUAUCCAUCUGUCUCCGGCCAUCCCAGUUUUCGCUGCCCUGCUCUUUCUCUUCGUCAUCGCCAUGCUGCUGAGGACCAGCUUCAGUGACCCCGGGGUGCUGCCGCGGGCUCUUCCAGAGGAAGCCACAUUCAUCGAGAUGGAAAUUGAGGCUGCCAAUGGGAACGUCCCGGCAGGCCAGCGACCCCCACCUCGGAUUCGCAAUGUUCAGAUCAACAACCAGAUCGUCAAGCUCAAGUACUGCUACACCUGCAAGAUCUUUCGACCGCCUCGAGCGUCUCACUGCAGCAUCUGUGACAACUGCGUCGACCGUUUUGAUCACCACUGUCCAUGGGUAGGAAACUGUGUGGGCAAGAGGAACUACAGAUACUUCUACAUGUUCACUCUGUCGCUCUCCCUGCUCACCAUUUAUAUCUUCACCUUCAACAUUGUGCACGUGGUGAUGCGUUCAGUGGAUAAUGGUUUUCUGAACACUUUGAAGGAAACACCUGGAACUGUGCUGGAGGUGCUGGUGUGUUUCUUCACCCUGUGGUCGGUGGUGGGACUGACGGGCUUCCACACCUACCUGAUCUCUCUCAACCAGACCACCAAUGAGGACAUUAAAGGAUCCUGGUCGGGAAAGAACAGAGUCCAGAACCCGUACAGCCACAAGAACAUCAUUAAAAACUGCUGCGAGGUGCUUUGUGGGCCAACAUACCCGAGCGUCUUGGACAGGCGAGGACUGAUGCAAGAGGAUUCGCCUGUUCCUGCUACGUCUGCUGCACCCUCCUCCUCCAGCAGCAGCAACCCAGUGUCACAAACCACGAAAACCACAGCUCCACUCAUCCCCAAUGAGCACACACCUGAUGAUGCCAAGCCGAGCAUUGCCGCCUCAGCAGAAAAGAGCGCCUCCCCCAAAGAGGAGCUCCCUCCUGCUCCAAAGGCCCCGCCCCUGGCUUCACCCGAGACUGAUGCAGAAGCAUCCAUCGCCAAGGACCAGGGCCAUUAGCUGCAUAAGGGGGCGGCUCCCGUUGUAGCCCCUCCCCUGACACCCGGCCUGGUCAGGAACCUAAACAUUAAUAAUCAAUAUGUGAUUACUGUGCGGGUGACUCGGAUAUUCUCCGACUCCCGCCCUACAUUCCACCAGAAGAGCAGAGUUUCUGCGGCAGCUCCUCCUCUUCCCUGCUCUCCUCACUAGUAGCUGCAGAGCUGUUUGAUUGGCACUGACUCCUGCAGGAGGCGGAGUGAUUUAAUGGAAAGUCAGCAGCUUUUCUGUCUCCUGAACACUGCAUGGAAAAGACACGUAGGAGGAGAAACUGCUGGAAAAACUGCAGAGGAAAAAAAAACUCUUCAAGCAUAUGACAUCCCUGCAGGUCACCUGUGGGUCGCUCUGAUUGUCAAUAUUACUUUUAAUCUUUAUUUAAAAUUGCAUAAUGACAUUUAUUGUGAGAGGCCAGUUCAUAUAUACCCCUUGCAAGUGUCUGGCAAAGACAAUAUUAUUUCUGGACAUGUAAAAAACUUCAUACAUACAGUUUUCUGUUGUGUGCACAUUACAUGCCCUAUGCAAACCCUGAGAAGGCUGGACAUGCAGCUUUUGGACAGAAGGGUUAACACCUGUCAGGCUGUGAGUACACAUGAUGUCCAGGUAGGAGGAGGAUAUGCAAACCCUUGGCUAAGAUAUCCUAAAGGCUCCUUCCAGGCAAGUCAAAAUCUACCUUGUAUUCUGAUAUUGCUGCAUUCAGUACUGUUGUUACUUACGUGCAUCUUUUUUGUUUCUUAAAGUGAUCCAAACCAA